AUGGACACGACAGCGUACAAGGAUGGGCUGCGGGGAUGGCUGCGCGCGGUCGACGCCGAGGACCUCUCCUUCUCAGGAAAGCCUGCUGCACAUGGCAUAGCUGUCGAGGGGGAUGCUGUUGUCGCCAAGGACAAGGGCAACGACUGGUUCAAGAAGAGGGACUACGGGAAGGCGGUGGAGUGCUUGACCCUUUGA